UCCCAGCUUCCGGUGUAAACGGAAGGCAGCAGAAGAGAGCAGUACUGCCUUGUAACGUCAAGUGUGCAGCACAUGGACGGAGAAAGACAGUCUUAUUAUUUGUUAUCCAGUUUAUAAUAUUUACGGCGCAUAAAAUACAUAUUUGAUUCAUUAUUUAAGGAUAAAGUGGUCUCGAUGCGCUAGAAGCACUGUGCCGCUUCUCGUGCUAUCUUUGCUUGUUAGUUAGCUUAGCUGGCUAGUUAGCUUAGCUUGUUAGCUGCUAACAGAAGACACAGAAGUUAUCAACACAUCGCUAAGUAGAGAUCAAGUGUGAGAGUAAAGUGUUGUGAUUGUGUGAAAAUGUACGAAAGAAGGAUAGCAAAGUAUGAGGAGGAACUUUGUCCAACAAAAGAGGAGAAGGAGCGACAACAUCAACUACUGGACGCUGUUUUCAAGAAACAUCAAGUUGUGUUACACAGAACAGACCUCGAUGAAGAACAUCUUCCUGGUGAGCAGGAGGUGGAACCACAGUCCUCCAACAUACACGAGGAAGAAAAGGUACCACAUUCCCAACACAUCAAAGAGGGAGUAGAGGAGCCACAGACCCAUAGUGUUAAACUGACCCUUCACAUUAAAGGGCAAGCGGAGGACCCACUGAUCUUACACAUCAAAAAUGAAGAGGAGGACCCACUGACCCCUCACUUUAAGGAGCAAGAGAACCUGCUGACCCCUCACAUUAAAAAGGAAGAGAUGGACCCACAGACCCCCUACUUUAAAGAGGAAGAGGAGGACCAAGAGCCGCCGCACAUUAAAGAGGAAGAGGAGGAAGAGGGCAUCAGUCAGCCUAAAUGGUUGGAGGAGUUCCCAGUGACUGGUGUCCCUGUGAAGAGUGAAGAUGAUGAGGUGAAAGGUGAAAGUGAGGAGAGGGGAGGGGGGGAGCCUCCAAGCAGCAGCUCAACACAACACAUGACAACAGAAGCUGAUGGAGACCACUGUGGAGGAUCACAAGCAGACAAGCUCUUAGCUCCACUAUCAGAUAGUGAGGACACAACGUCACACUCUCCUGACACUGAUGAUGAAGACUCUAAAGAUGAUAAGACAUGUCACACUGACAACACUCACUUCACAUCUUCUCACUGUCACAAAACCUUUAAAUACCAUAGUCUUCUGAAAACACACAUGAGAAGACACACCGGAGAAAAACCUUUUAUCUGUUCAAUAUGUGGCAAAGGUUUUGUAGAAAGUCACAAUUUGAAAGUACACAUGAGAACACACACCGGUGAAAAACCUUAUGUCUGUUCAAUCUGUGGUACAUGUUUUGUACAAAGAAUCAAUUUGAAAGUACACAUGAGAAGACACACUGGUGAAAAACCUUUUAUCUGUUCAACCUGUGGUAAAGGUUUUACACAAAGUCCGAGUUUGAAAGUACACAUGAGAACACACACUGGUGAAAAACCUUUUUCUUGCUCAGAAUGUGGUAAAGAUUUUGUUCAAAGUAAACAUUUGAAAGUACACAUGAGAACACACACUGGUGAAAAACCUUUUUCUUGCUCAGAAUGUGGUAAAGGUUUUGUACAAAGUCCCCUUUUAAAAGUACACAUGAGAACACACACUGGUGAAAAAUCUUUUGUCUGUUCAAUCUGUGGUAAAGAUUUUACAGAAAGUCGAUGGUUGAAAGUACACAUGAGAACACACACUGGUGAAAAACCGUUUUCCUGUUCAAUCUGUGGUAAAGGUUUUACAGAAAGUCAUCAUUUGAAAGUGCACGUGAGAAGACACACUGGUGAAAAACCUUUUUCCUGUUCAAUCUGUGGUAAAGGUUUUACAGAAAACUGGUGUUUGAAAGUACACAAGAGAACACACACUGGUGAAAAUUCACAUUCCUGUUCAAUCUGCAACAGAAGCUUUUGUCAACAAUCAAAGCUUGUAACACACAUGAGAAGACACCCAGGAGAGAAAGUGUUGAGUUGUGGUGUGUGUGGUGAAAGAUUGUCUUCUAAGUAGCAGUGUAAGAAACACAAGUGUGCUGGUGAGAACAGCAGCAGCAAAUGAAACUGCAGGAUUUGAAAUAAACUGUCCAGACUUUCAUUUUGACUUUCUAACAACAUCAGCACAUAUAACAUGUGUGACAUUGUUGUUUGUCUAACAAUCUGUUUAAUAUGAUCUUUACAUUUAUAGAUUGGAUAGUUUGAAAUAUUGAAGUGUGACAUAUUUGUAUUUGUAAUUGUUAAUAAUCCCAUAGAUUAGCACCUUUAUAUGAUAUACAUAUGUACUGGUUCACAUCUGAAACAUCUUCUGGACCACUUCAGGAAGCAUAUUAUUAUUUACUUUAUACAUCAUUUGAACAGUUGUCUUUUAUACAAUUUUAAAAUGUGUCUUUUUAAACCAUUUGUUGGGUCUCUAUAAUCAUUUUUAUUCAUUAUCGUCAUUACUCUGUAUUAUGAUGAUUGUGUUGUGAUUGUUUUAUAUGUAUGUCCCCAGACCUUUAUGCAGUAUAAAAGUGAGAGAAAAUG